GUCUUCCACAAUGGCCAAAGCCAAGACCGCAGUCACAAAACCUACACAUUCUACGUCUAAGGCAGCCAGAAUGACUGCCUCAACAAAAGCUAGCGCGGUGCCCGACACUCUUAUCGACUCGCACGUCUCAAACGCUCAAUCUGAGCUCGCGUUCAAGGCUCUCAUCGCUCAUGCUAUCAAGCACUCAGAGAAGCAGGCGGAGAAAGAUCUGUUGGCUGGUGGUGGAACUGGUGGUAGGGAGGAUAAUGUCUGGCUGCAGGUGGCGGUGAAGACGUUGUAUCCGGAGAAGAAGCUGAAGCCGCAUAAAAUCCCACUUGCCCAUCCACUCGUCGACCCACGUACCACGUCCGUCUGUUUGAUCACGAAAGACCCGCAACGUGAAUACAAGGAUCUUCUCGCAGCCCAGAACAUCAACUUCAUCUCCCGUGUUGUCGGUCUCGAAAAGUUGAAGGGUAAAUUCAAGCCCUUCGAGGCUCGUAGAAUGCUCUUGAAUGAGAACGGACUGUUCCUUGCGGAUGAGAGGGUUAUUCCAUUGUUGCCGAAGUUAUUGGGCAAGAAUUUCUUCAACGCAAAGAAGCAACCCAUACCCGUAUGCCUUACUCGGAAAGACCUAAAAGGCGAACUGGAACGUGCCAUCACUGCAACCUACAUGCAUCAAAACCAGGGCUCGUGCACCUCUGUCAAAAUCGGCACAAUCUCCCAAUCUCCCUCCCAACUCCUCCAAAACCUUCAAACCGCCCUCCCCCAUAUUGUUCGCUCCCUCCGCGGUCCCCACACCCCCCACGCCCCUCAGCACAAUAAACCCAAAAAACGCUCAUCUGACCCUUCCGCUGUCGCCCAGACGCUUCUCGGCUCCUCCCAGAAGGGCAAGGAUGAACAGGACGGAGAAGAGGCGCCAAUAGACCCGUGGGACAAUAUCCAGAGUCUGAGCGUGAAGACGAGCAAGAGUAUGGCCUUGCCUGUCUGGAGCUGUAACCUUGAGGAUGGGGGUCGGUGGGUUGGGAUGCCGGAGCCUAUGUCGACUUCGGAAGAGGAAGGUAGUGAGAGUGAGGAGGAGGCGGAGGUCAAGGUGCCACCGAAGAAGGCCGGAAAGAAGAGAGCAGCAGAAGAGACAGAAGAAGUAGAGAAGCCCGCUAAGAAGGCUAAGGCUUCAGCGGUCAAGGAGACCGAAUCCACUGCCACCCCCUCAAUACCCACCAAAAAGGCCAAGAAAUUAAAAAUCGACGCCGACCCAACACCCGUCUCCAAAUCCCUCGCCACACCUGCCUCCACAUCCACCCCCACUCCCACCUCUAAAGCAGUUACGAGGUCCCAGAGUAACGCUCCAAUUCAAUCUACCGUCGCAUCAGGCAGUGAAGCCGACGUCGAGAGUGCGGUGCCAGAAAGCAGCAUUGUUCCGGAGGCGGUUAAGGCGAAGAAGGAGAAGAAGGGCAAGAAGGCAGACAAGGAAAAGGAGAAGGAGAAGGAGAGGAAGGAGGUGGAGGAGAAGGCCGCUGUGGAGGAUGCGGCGAUGGAGGUCGAGGCUGAAGUCCCUGUGUCGAAGGAGAAGAAGAGCAAGAAGGGGAAGAAGGCCGUCGAGGCCGAUGUUGUUGCAGUCUCAGAGCCCGUUGUCGAGGCUGAGACCACGAGCAAGAAAGAGAAGAAGGGGCAUUCGAAGAAGGAGGCUGCUGCCGUUGCCACACCUGCUGUUGUUCCCGCCGCUGCGGAGGCGAAGGGCCUGACGAAGGAAGAGAUGAAGCAGAAGAGGGAGAAGGGUGUGGUUGGGGAGAAGAAGAAGGAGAAGGUCGUGAAAGGGCAAGGGUCACUUGCGAGUGGGGAGGGCAGGAAGGGGAAGAAGGGUGUUGUUGGUGGAAAGUAGGUUUGGUGCUGCAUAGGUCUAUGUCUUUGUUCUUUCAUGCGUCUACUAGUUAUACGUCGUCUUUGCUGGAUAUAGUAUCGCUUUUUG